AUGGCUCGCAUCCAGAUCCCCUUGGACGCCCUCACGUCCCGCCUGAACCUCGGCGAACGUUUCCAGGGCCUCCGCGCCGGUCCCCUCAGCGGUCGCUUCUCCAACCUGCGACCCGUCUCCGAGUUCUUCGACUUCAAGCGUGUCUCCAAGCCCGCCAACUUUGCUGAGGCUCAGUCCCGUGUCAACUACAACCUGAGCCACUUCUCCAGCAACUACGCUGUCGUCUUUGUCAUGCUCAGCAUCUAUGCUCUGCUCACAAACUGGCUACUCAUGUUCGACAUCAUCUUCGUCGUUGCCGGCCUGUUCAUCAUUGGCCGCCUCGAAGGACGCGAUCUCGAAAUCGGCACGUUCCGUGCUACUACAUCCCAGCUUUAUACUGGAAUCAUCGUCAUCUCCGUACCCUUGGGUCUGAUUGCUUCGCCUUUCUCGACCCUGCUAUGGCUGAUUGGCGCUUCUGGCGUGACCAUUCUCGGUCACGCCGCUCUAAUGGACAAGCCCAUCGAUGAGGCUUUUUCCGGGGAGGCGGUCUAG